UGAUACCUUGAAUUUUGUAUAGUCAUUAAUCCUGUCUCUUGUUCUUUAAAAUUGUUUUUAGAAACAUAAUAUAAGUACAGAAUUAUUUUCAAAUUUUAAAUACUGAAGGAAACAUGGAAGAUGAUGAAAAUGUUGGAGCUCCAUCAUCAAAUACCAGUAAUCGUAAGGCAAAGAAGAGAUUUCAAUUAAAGAAAUGGAAUGCUGUUGCUUUAUGGAGUUGGGACAUUGCUAUGGACAAUUGUGCCAUCUGUCGAAAUCACAUCAUGGAUUUAUGCAUUGAAUGUCAAGCUCGCCAAGAAUCAAUGUCUAGUGAAGAAUGUACAGUUGCGUGGGGCAAAUGUAAUCAUGCUUUUCAUUUUCACUGCAUAUCUCGUUGGUUAAAUACUCGACAAGUAUGUCCACUUGAUAAUUGUGAAUGGGAAUUCCAAAAGUAUGGUGCAUAGAAAUACAUUUGAAAUAUAAUUUAACACACAUUUUU